GCCUUCUCCCAGGUCCUGGGCGUGGCGGCGGAGGCUCUGGCCGGCGGCCUGAACGUCCUGCUGCAGCACACCUCCCAGUUCCUGCACGCCGCCGGACUGCAGCUGUGCCUGGCGGUCAGCGGGGCCUCGGCCCUGCUGUCGGUGGUGGCCAUCAUCAUCUACUCCGUGGACAUGGAGAAGAACCCCGAGCUGCCCUGCGACUCGCUGUCUCUCACUCCAGCCGGACCCCCCACCCCCACCACUCUCCUGCCCUCGGGCCGAAACUGA